UUCCCCUGUUUUUGACCUUGCUUGUUUUUUGUGUUUGUGAACGUUUGCUGCCUGCCCUGACCUACGCCUGGAUUAUUGACUUCUGCUUUUGGAUUUCCUUUGAUGUUGUUUGCCUGAUGUGUGACCUUGCCCGUCUUGGAUAUUGCCUAAUAAACCAGCAUUUGGAUCUAACCUGUUUCACGUCGUGACAGAAUACCUCGCCAUACAAGAUCCAGCGGUUUAUUGCAUCCACCCUGGUUUCAUCACUGCAUCAGCCAUAAACCCAACAACCAAAUCCAGCAUUCCCAAGUCUUCCGGCACCUUCUCUGACCACUCAUCUAAGGAUUCAGCAGUGAUCUUUCCCCGUUCCGAUUGUUGUGUUCCCGUACCCCGACAUGUACCGAUACAGCGGCAUACAAGUCCAAGUGUUACCCCCGUCCACUGGAGAAGAAUGGUGGGACAGGUUGGACGACUUGAUGUCUCUCCGCCAAGAAGGACGAGCGGUGAGUGGUUUUGCCCAAUUGUUCUGGACAUGUGCGACUGGUUUGAACCUCAGCAAUGUGGAAUUAAAGUUGUACUUAAAUGACUGUUUGGAUGAACCUUUCUCGCAAGUAGAAAUGCAAAGCUUACAAAUUUUGGACUUUUGGGGUUUUGUCAGCAAUUUAGAAAGCCGAACCCGAUGGAACUUGUGGGAAACCCCAGAUGGAAAUUCGGGUGACAAAAUGGCCACCAACAUGCCUGGCUCAGAUCAUAAAAUGGCCGCUACUAUGCCUGAACCCUUGUCUAGGAGGGCAAUCAGAAGAGAACGCUUCGCGAGCCAGGCUGCCGGGUCUGCACCUACCCCUAAAAUGGCUACCAUUGUAACUGCCCCUGUUUUCAAGAGGGUUACUACCGUAUCUGCACCAGCGGUUAAAAAAGCCACUGUCCUGACAACACCUGUCCCUCAGAGGGCCGUUGCCAUCCCGGCACCUGUUGUCAAGGUGGCUGCCAUUCCUGCAUCCCAACCACUUCACAAAAUGGCUGCCUCACCUACCUCUCCUGUUCCUGCAAAGCCACAGCUACUAGUGUCUAGUCUACUGGACCCCCAGAUGACGUCUGUACAGGUGUCUAAGAGUCAAAAUACAGUCAUGUCAAGUUUAAUGAUCCCCAGGGCUACAGAGGUACGUUCUCUCAGUUCCAUGACUCCUGUAUUGGCUAUGGCACCGCGGUAUGCUUGCUGCUCUUCUGCUCCACCAGGCAGUUCCCAAAUCCAUGACUCGGAGCCAUCUGACUCUCCUGAGCCACCUGAAUCUGCUGUUGAGUCCUCUGAACCAAUGGAAUCAUCGGAAUCAGCUGAUUCACCCAGGCCCACUGCCUCACCUGCCUCACCUGCCCCAUCUGGACCAUCUGAACCAUCUGAAUCUGCCGAAACUGCUGAAUCUACUGAAGCAUCUGAACCUACUGAAUCAAUUGUGUUGCUUGAAGAAAUGAGAGGGGUUUUAUUGCAGAAUCAAGAACUUGCAGCAGCGGGUGUGGCUUUUGUUGUAGAAGCUAAGCCCUCGUGUUAAUUUGGCAAACCAGAUGUACUCCAGCUUGGAGAGGAAGCAGGCCUGGAUCUAUCUGUUGAGGAAGAGUAAGAUUCUGGCAAUGUCAGUGUUGGUGGUCCCGGUGCAGAGGCACUACCAAGGCCUCAUCACGGUUCGGGAAUCAGCAGCGAUAGUUUGUGUUCUCCGGUUGGUGGGCAUGAGCGGAGCUUCUUCACUGAGGAUGAUGUGGAGCUUGUUGACACACUGACAAUUAACUCUCUGGAACAGUUCAAACGUUCACCCACGGGAUUGUUUCGGAUCCACAGCAAGGACAGCGGUGACACCUCCCAAGCGCUGUUCUCCACGUCAGACCUGGGCUCAGAGGUCAUGGAGAUCACUGAGGAUCCUUUGGAGAUUGAAGUAGUGGAGGUUAAAGGUCACCGGUCCGAUCUGUGGUGGUUCGAUAGCAAUCACGGUUCUAACGAGUCCGUGCCAGUGAUUUCUUUCAAAGAGGCCAUGGUGAGGGAUGCAAACAUGUCUUGUAUUGAUGAAAAGACUUUGGAGUUGAGGUCUCCAAAAUCUGGUCAAAACAUUGCUGGUCAUAAGCCAUACCACAUAUCCCCUGAGGAGACUUGGGCCCCCAGUGACCGCAGCAGCUUAACGGCUAAGAUGUGCUUGGGAUCAGACAGUCAGCAAGGAGCAUCAGAGUCUGGAUGUCCAAAGAAUAUACAAAAGAGCAACUCCAGUUCUUCUAAGGAGAAACACUCAAGUUUCCUGUCUUUGAGCUGUUUCAAGGACAUUAUUCCUGAUAUAUCCCCCACAGUGACCACCGACACCCACUCAAUGCCUGCUGAAGCCAGCUCACCACCGCCCUCUGAGGUUGAGGAGUCUCUAUCAAUGUCCGUUGAGCAGGUGCUUCCUACGGCGAGUGAAUCCACGAACGAGGACGAGACGUCCUACUCUAAUGGACACUAUGGAGAUCCCGAUUUUAAAGUAGACCUGUCUUUACCUGUGAAGAUGGCCGACUAUGAACUUUCCGCCUGGCCUGAACCAACCAAGUCUCCGGUGUUAUCUGUCUUGUGGUGUAUUUCACUGGCUUUGCCAGCCCCUCUACCUCCUGUCCCUGUUUACAGGUCCCGAGCACCACCCUGGCUGCCAACUCCGUUAUGGUUUCCGGCUCCGCCUCCAGCACCACCCUGGUCCCCGGUCCUGCUCUGGUCUCUGGCUCCGCCUCUGGCACCACCCUGGUCUCUGGUCCUGCGCUGGUCUCGGGGGGGCUCUGUUAUGAGAGCCAUGAGGGCUCCAUCUGCUGGCCUGCAGAGGAUUUGCUGCACUUGAGCAUCAGGACUCCAUUUCCCACUAUUCAUUGCACAGCACACCUGUUUCCUGUUUGUAAUCACCCGGUCUAUUUAAGCUCACUCAGAACUCUUUCGUGUUGCGAGCAUUUGGAUCUAACCUGUUUCACGUCGUGACAAAUCCCAAUAGGAUUGCAGAUAGCACAGGUGAACAUAGGACGCAGUUUUUAUGAGACACAAAAGAUACAGACUAUGGUCAUAUCUCUGGUGCACUGAUCAAUUUAUUUGUGGAUUGGUUGAUUACUAAAGUUUUGCACAUGUUUGUCACUCCUGAUGUUGCAAAUUGCCAAAAUCAUAUGAAUAUUAUUUAUGAUAUGUAGAUUAUUAUUGAGUCAGUAGUACCUACUACUACUAGAAAUUUACAUUCAUAAACAAUCAAGAGAUUGGAAGAAUGUUUCUCUGUAAUCAAAGGAGAGAAAGUGUUGGAGUGUAAAUAAACUAAAUUUAUUUAUUUAUUUAUUUAUACAAACUCAGGUCUAUAGAUGGGAUGCACUUAU